UCUUGGUUUCAGAAAUGAAAAAUGGCGGCGCCGGAUCAGAGUUUGCCUGGAAACACAUGGAGACUCAGGGAUGGAAAAAAGGAGAUGGACUUGGUAGAAAGGGUCAGGGUAUAACGGAUGCACUCAAACCAAAACUUAAAUUCGACCAAUCAGGGAUAGGACAUUCAAGAGCCGAGGAGUUUGAAUUUCAUUGGUGGGAUCACGUGUUUAACACUGCUGCUAAAGGAAUCACGGUGGAUGAAUCCAAGGGUGAAGUGAAAGUUGAAUUUCUGAGCGAUAAAUCUGAAGUUUCUACCAAAAAACUCCGACGGAAAAUGCAGAAAGAAAUCAGAAAUAAACUGUAUUCCCACUUUGUGAAAUCUGGAACUCUAGAAGGAGGAAAACUGGUGGAAGAUGAUACUGCAGAUACGAUUGAGGAAGUGAAGGACUUGUCAAAAAUACGAACACUGACUGAUGAGGAAUUAUUAAAAGCUUGUGGUGGUCGAACUGCGCACAAGGGAGCUCGUCAUGGGCAGACGAUGUCCGCCAAACUAGCGAGAGUGGAAGAGGCGGAGAAAAAAUAUAUGGAGGAAUAUCUGGCCAAACAAGCGGCCGAGGAGCUCAAGAAACAAGAGAGAUUAAAUCCAACCCAAUCCAAGAAACGUAAAUCUGAUCCAGAAUCUGAAACUGUUCCUUUAUCCUCGUUAACCCAGUGUGAAUCUGAAAUUAAGAAGAAAAGGAAAAAGAAGAAAAAUAAAGAGGAAGAAGAAUCUUUAGAAGCUUUACCAGAGAAACGUAAAAAGAAGAAAAAGGUCACAGAUUUAGAUUCCUUAAAGCCCCUGAUUGAUUACCCCGAGCCUCCCAUUAAGAAAUCCAAGAAAAAUACCGAGACAGAAUUCGAGCAAAGCGAACCAGCUAAGGAAGAGAAAAUUAAGAAAAAGAAGUCAAAAAAGAAGAAACAUUCUGAAGAUUGAAAGAAGGAAAUUAUCGGUGCCAUGAUAUUUUCUCUACAGGGCGAACAAAACUAAAGUGGAGUAAAAAGACCCGCCCUGUAGAUUUUAAAGUUUUAUAUGCCAAAAUUUAAUUAUUGUGCACAUUUGCAGA